AUGGCGGGCGAAGUCUGCAGGCGGUUGGUUGAUCCUGCAGGCGUCCACGCCACAGGCCCAGCUCUCGGCAUCACCGAGGGUCGUUCAGCUGGGAGAGGUGUUUCGGAGAUGGUCCGUUUGUUUGCAUGUUUUGGUAACCAUUCAGAAAGUCCAUCCGUUGGUUGA